GAACUCUAUUUCCUCCGCGCCACUUCCAUCGCAGCGCACCGACGUUGACAACGUCGACAUACACGGGUAGGAAACCUUUCAACGAUGCCUCUCCAAGAAUACCAAGUCGUCGGGCGCCAUCUGCCCACCGAGAACGAUCCCAACCCGAAGAUCUACCGUAUGCGCAUCUUUGCGCCCAACGAGGUCGUCGCGAAAUCCCGCUUCUGGUACUUCCUGAGGCAAUUGAAGAAGGUCAAGAAAGCAAGCGGCGAGAUUAUUGGCGUCAACGUAAUUCAUGAAAAGAAGCCUCUGAAGGUCAAGAACUUCGGUAUCUGGCUGCGCUAUGACUCUCGCUCUGGAACCCACAACAUGUACAAGGAGUUCCGUGAGCUUAGCCGUGCGGAUGCGGUCAAGUCGCUUUACCAGGACAUGGCUGCCAGGCAUCGUGCCCGUUUCCGGUCUAUCCAUAUCCUCCGCGUGGUGGAAAUAGAGAAGAAUGAGGACGUUCGCCGUCCUUACAUCAAGCAAUUCCUCACGCCGGGACUCAAGUUCCCUCUUCCUCACCGUGUGUCGAAGGUUCGCUCGACAUUUGUCGCCCACAGACCCUCGACUUUCUAAGUGGUACCCUGGGAGUGUUCUGGGCGAGUUGCUGCUGGAGGUUGUGAAAAACUGCUGUCGGCAUUACUCGCUGCUUGUUCAGCAGUUGUCACCUUUGUAAUCCCGCGUUGGGACUACCUGUUUUAUGAUGACAUCAUUUGAGAUGCGCAUGCUGUCGC